AUGGUUGUAGAAGUAUCGGAAAUUACUAUAGAGAACACGCCUGAGCCGAAAACCAUAUUUCAACGACUGGGCCCUGUUAAUCCGUCUGCGUACCGAGACUUGCGAGCAGUCAACUCGAAGCUGCGCGAGGCACUGCUGGAUCAUUCGCCGUUUGCGGACUUUGCGGACCUGCUACCACAAAACAGAGUGCCUUUCAAGCGGCCUCAGACCGGCACCAAGAUGACUCACGAUCCCACAACGGGCGAAGCGGUCUUUCUACCUUCGACAAAGAAAGAACAGUAUUUGGACCUCAUCGGGCUGCUAUCUGAUCCUGACCGCAGAUACAAAUUCAAACACGUUAUGGAGUAUGACAUGCAGUUCAGAAACUAUGCCGCUAACAAUCCGUACGAUACGGACAUCUGGACUAAGCGACAUGAAGAAUCGUUCCAGGACUAG